AUGGAAGAUGGAACUGUUGGUAGUGAUGACAUACUAGUUUGUGAGAUACUAAGUAGAUUUCCUGUGAAAUCACUUAUGCGUUUCAAGUGCGUAUGCAAACGUUGGCUGCAAGUGAUUGAAGACGACUCUCAUUUCAUUGAUUUACAUUUAUAUCGGUCAAAAACACGCCCAUCUCUCUUUUACGUAUUGAAGGAUCCAAGAGAUUGGCUCAAGCGUAAAAGAUUUACCGGAAGGGAUGAGUUCUUUUUGACAGCAGACCUGUCGCCAGAAGGAAUAGCAUAUAUUCAUAGCAUAAGGAGGACAAAUCUGUUCUGUUAUGAUCAAAUUUUAGGACCUAUAAAUGGUUUGAUCUUCUUCGUUGAUAAGCACAAGUGCUCUGUUUGCAUAUACAAAAUCAUCACAAGAGAAGCAUCACCAUGGAUUCAAUCAACAGUAUUGCUAGAUGAAAAGGAAAAGCAUCUUGAAUUGAAGACACUGGGUUUUCGUCGUCCGACCUAUAAGUUUGGAUAUGAUCCUACCACCAAGGAACACAAAGUCUUGUGUAUGUGGAGUAUAGAUCCAGGAGGCAACAAUUUUCUAGAGGAAAUAAAUGAUGAUUACUACUUUUAUAGGGGUUAA